AGGAACAUGAAUGUAUUGCAAAGUUGAUGACAUGACAUUCAUUUGGUUCCUUCACAAAAGCAGUUGCAAAAGAUCCCGUUUAUGAUCUGUUGACUGUACUGAAGGUCUGGAGAAUGAAGGAGGAGUAAUUCACUUAGUGCUCACAGGAUCUGCAUUUGAGUCUGCAGUGCUUCAGAACAUGACGGAGGCUGAGCUGUACUCGCUGUAUAAAGGUGUGUAUGUGCCCACACAUUUACACCCUCCUGAGAGCCUGAGAUACUGCGAGGAGUUCACUUUCCGUCCGGAGGACAUCCUGAUCGCCACUUACCCCAAAUCUGGCACAACAUGGUUGCAGGAGGUGGUUCCUCUGAUCUUGAGCGAAGGUGAUCUGACUCCGGUGCUGACCGUGCCAAACUGGGACCGAGUGCCAUGGCUGGAGGAACACCGGGCGAUCCUGCUCAAUCUGGAGCAGAGAGCUUCUCCACGCGUCUUUGCAACUCACUUCCAUCACCACAUGAUGAACCAGUCUUACUUCAAAAUGAAGCCCAGGGUUCUUUAUGUCCUGCGUAACCCCAAAGAUGUGUUCACAUCCUCGUAUCACUACUAUGGAAUGGCCUCAUACCUGGUGAAUCCAGGAACCCAAGACGAGUUCAUGGAGAAGUUCCUUGAUGGAAACGUCAUGUUUGGUUCCUGGUUUGAUCAUGCCAAAGCCUGGAUUAAUGCUGAAGAACAGGAAUCCAUACUGUACAUUUUCUAUGAGGAGAUGAUCCUGGAUUUGAAAGGAUCCGUGGAGAAAAUUGCCAAGUUUCUUGGUAAAUCUCUGAGUCCAGAAAUGAUGGAGAAUAUCACCAAGCACUGCGUCUUCAAGAACAUGAAACAAAACAAAAUGUCCAACCUUUCUCUGGUUCCAGAGGAAUACAUGGACCAGAAGAAAUCUGAGUUCCUGAGGAAAGGAAUUGCUGGCGACUGGAAGAAUCUGUUCACUGAAGACCAAGAGCAGCGAUUUGAUGCUGCAUACAAAGAGAAAAUGAAAGACGUCACAUUCAAAUUCAUGUGGGACUGAAAAAAUACAUUUAAUAUUGCUUUUAAUAAACCUUUGGUGCACAUUCACUACAACAGACAGAUCUUCAACAGACCUUUUUUAAUAAAAAAAAAAAAAAAAAAAAAAAAAAAAGUUUUAUAAACAAUUAAUUUAACAGUUUAACCAUUAAUAAUACUUAUUGUUAUUUGUGUGAUCUUUCCAUUUUAUUUGAAUUUUGUGAUUAAAAAUAUCACUGUUCUGAAAAUGAUUACCAAUAAAUAUUGCACUGUUUAUGUUA